CAUUGUCAUAAAUUAGUAAAACGCUAUUUCGGUAAAGUAGUUUUCAGAGUAUGUAUUAUUGUUUUUUUGUUGCGAUGGAAUAGAGAAAUAUUGUAUAUUAAGACACAAUUUUCAAAGAUAUCACUAGUUCACCAGCCAUUACGUGCUGAUUCAGUUGCACGCUUCAGGCACAACGAAAACUCAACCGUCUUCAGUUUCAAAAUACAUUACUGUUUAACAGCGUCAUCAGCGAAAAAUACAACAGAGACUAGCAUUCGGUAAAAUUACCAACAAAUCGUCAAAAAUCACGUGAAUAUCCAUAUUUUCAUUUUAGUAUUCGUUUUUAAAAAUAUUAGAAGAGUUAAGCUAUAAUCACAUGUACUUCAAUACAUUUUAGGCAGUGUAAUUCGAGUGCUAGGUAAUUUUAAUUUAUUUUUUUUAGAUUCGAUGACUCGCGAGAGAUCUAUUGGUUUUACUACGUUGUAUUUUUUUAUUUUUUUUUCUGCCUCAGAAUCACUUUUUUACCAUUAACUUGCUCCAAAGUGUGGACUGUACUACUUUUCUGAGGCAUAAUUUUUUCUCUUUGGUGUAUUGGAAAGGUCACUUUUCGAUUUCCCAGUGGGUUUUCGAAUAAUCAUCAUUUCUAUUAUGUUGACACGAUUUUUACAAUUGGAGAAAUAUUUCUCCAAUUGAAAAAUUACAAGUGAGUAAUUUUUUUCCUUUUGAUACAAUUUUUCCUAAAUUAUGGUAUAAAGAUUUUAUUUUUUAAUAUCAUAUAGCUUGUGUUUUUUACUAUAAAUAUUGCUCCAAUACAAAAACGUAAAAAAGAUAUCUUUGUCCAUUUUAAAAACUAGUUGGUGAUCAGGAAAAUCAUUUUUUAAUUUUCUUCGUAUUUUUUCAAUACUUGAACAAAACCGAAAACAAAUGCAGAAAGUACAAGAUAAUAUACGAAAAUAAUUCUUUUAUUAUUUUUAAUACUGUUUUUAUAAUGCAUUUCUAUUUAUUAUAUUCAUCGAGACUUACUUAUAUUUAGAUAUUUAGAGAUAGAAAACAUAUAUUAUUUUUUUCUAGGCAUAGUAUGAAAAUUCCAAACAAUUGUUCCAUUUUUAAGUUAACAAUACAUAUUUAAUUAUGUGAGUUUUGUACGUAACUUGCAUUCGAUUGGUUAUCUGAGGAUAAAAUUUUCAGGCUAUACAAAAAUGCUUACAAAUUUAACAGGAAGCUCAUUAAAAUGUCGUACUUAAUGUUAAAAAAAAAAUAUGAAUUUUACAUAGUAUUCUUUUUUAAAAAGAGCUUAUUCUUUCUAUUUGGGUUUUUGGUCAGUUGGAUACAUAUUUAGAGGAGAAUAAAUGUAUUUUGAUCCCUUAAUCAAUGAAAAAAAACAACUUUAUUUUUCACCUUUCAAAAUAUCCCUUUUAUAAAAAAUGUAAUUAUAAAAAUUCUUAUGUACCAUAUAUUCAUAUUCGAUCACCAAUUUCUAAGUAAUAUCUGUUUUAAUUUUUCAAUAACUGACGUGAAAAUAUUUUAAUUCUUUUCAAUAAAUGAUAAGGAAUAACCUGCAGAUUGUGAUUCCUUAUCGCGUUUCAUUUAUUCUAUUGAAAACUAAUUGUUUUCACACCAAUUUUUUUGAAACUUAUACGGAUAUUACUUAGAAACAAUUUAUUGAAUAUGAAUGUAUGGGACAUUAGAAUUGUCAUGGUAAUAUUUUUUACGAAAUAGCUAUUUUGACAAAUUUGAAAAGUGAAAAAGUUAUUUCUUUCUCACUGUGUCAAAACUCGAUUAAAAAUAUAAAUAAUGAUGGAGUUAUAGAACGUCUGUAUUACACUGUAAAACACCCUAUAUAGUAAGGAUUGAUUUGUUACACAAAAAUUUUUUCUUGUGUAUUGUCUUAUUUGUUUUACAUUUAAAUGUAAUGUAUUUAAAAAUGAAAAAUAGUAUAGUAAUAAUAUUUAAUCUAAUGUUAAAUAUUAUUACAAUGAUUUUUAAACUAUGUACUCGCAAUUAAAUUAACAAUUGAAAUAAAUACAUUAAUAUUUUCAAUAGUUAUGUAACAUAUAAGACAGAUAUUGAAUACAAAAAACAAAAUUAUUAUUUAAAUAACUGUAUAAAUAAUAGUGUAUCAUAUUAUUGUGCAGUUUUUCGAAUGUAGUUUUAUUAUCAAAGCGUAGCGGGCGACCAUUUCACACUGAAAUCAGAGUUAAUUAUGACAAAACUUAAAAAAGAUGGACAUAAUUAAUAAAAGUGUAUUUAUUGACUGUCGAAAUAUUCAAAAACUUUUUAUUAAUAUUAAUGAAACAAUCUGGCGUUUAGGUGCUUUCAGUCAAUGGCUCCAGACACGUCUUUAAAGGCAUUUUUAGAAAUCCGCAUUUAUACCAUGGAAACCCCAAGACGGUUUGCUUAUUACGUGCUUUUCUAUAAACCUAUUUUAUCGUGUAACCUGUCAAUCACGAUCCCAUUGUAGGCUCAGUACUCUGAGCUACUUAAGUAUUCAGAAGUGCUUCAACACCUCUAAAUUUAAAUUAAGUAGUUCCAGUUCANAAUUGGACUGAGGAGGUAUUAUAAGAAGUCCAUUUUUUGAGUAUUCUCAUUUAAUGUGAAAACCGGGAAAAAAAUAUCGGAAAACUCCGAUCUUAUCGAAUGAUUACAAUAAAAAUACGAAUAAGUCACCAGUGAAAUUUUUCGUGUUACCUUAGCUAUCGAAAAACACUAAUAAAUAAUUAUUACGAGUAUUUGACGUCAUUUGAAAAGCGAGCGCGUGGUUCUGAGAUAUUUAUUAUAUCGUUCAAAUAAAUAAAUAAAUAUGCAUUUAGAUGGAGGCAGCAAAUUCGCAAUCGAUAAAGAGUGUAGCAUGGCAGCCAAUCGCAGGUUACGCAGCGAUCGCUCUUUUCGCGUUAUGGUUCGGACACAGGUGGCUGCUGAAUCGAAAAGAACUUUCACACCGUAAAGUAUUGACCAGUAAAAUGAAUGGGCCUAAAGUUUGGCCGAUCGUUGGAAAUGCGCUUGAGUUAAUCGGGUCGGCUGAAAGUGAGUAGUAUACUAGUAGACAUAAAUAUCACCUCAAAUAAGUAAUCGCUAGUGUAAUUACCAGAUUGUAUGUUGAGUCGAUAUGGUAAGAACUGAAUUUAAACACCAGCAAUUAAACAGAAUAUAUUUCUAUAUUGAAUUUAAUAUCACUCGGCAUAACAUUUUUAACUAGGAAAGUAAAUGGUAAUGGAGAGUCGAGAUACCUAUAAGCUUUGAUAUUUAGUUUAAAAAGUUAUAUAAAUUUAAAAAAAUUUACUAGCAUGUUUCAUAAUAUGACUAAUACCGAAUUCGUCAUUUAAAAGGAAUAUGCAAUAACCUUAGUUUUGAAAAUGUUGCAAUGACUGUUUGCCUCUCUUUAUUAGAAGAGUAUAAAGCAAAACAAAAUUACACUCAUACUAAGCAAAUAUUGAAUGAUACUUUUAAUAACAUAUUUUACCGGUAUAGCUUUAUAAACAUUUUAAUACAAAACCACACAAAUAUUUAUUUAUUUAAGUUACAUAAAUACAUAAGUUAUAUUAAUGUACGUACGAUUUCUGUUUUUUCCAGUGGUUGUGGAUAAAAUAACGAAAAUUUCAUUGGAUUAUGGGCCAGAACCGUUUAAGUUUUGGAUGGGUUCGCAUCUAUUUGUGGUCAUUACACAACCGGAGGAUUUGCAAGUAUGAACUUUUCUACCAGGAUUUUUAAUGAUAGCACUUUUUCUGAAACAAAAUCUGACUAGGAUGGUACAUUAGGAAG